CAAAAUAAUUUUAUUUGUGUAUUUGUUUUAUUCGUUAAUUGAGUCUUCUGUUUUUAUGUAAAUCGAGACACGUUAACUAAAUUAAACAGUAAAAAGUUUCUUGUAUUUCAGUGUGCCUAAUGUGCAGCUCCAUAAAGAUUGAAUAAAUCAUGGUAGACAAAGAAGCAAGCAAUGAUGGAGACUUUUCAUCCAGACGCAGUCAUUUUCAGAGUCAGAAAUCAAACACAUCAGAGUCCAACCCUGAGAUUACGCCAGAAGACUUGUCGGCAAAGAAACUUAUCAAAAUGUUUGAAAAACGCACACCAGAUAAUCAGAGCAAAUUCAACAAUCAGAAAUCAAACACAGCAAAGUCCAUAAGAAGUGACCGAUCGAUACAAAACCCAGUCAAAAUUAAGGAGAUACGCACACCAGCUGAUCUGAGCAGUCAGAGAUCAAACCCACCAGAGUCCAGCUCUGUGUCUAUGAAGAGUGACCAGUCAACGCUAGAGCCUGAAAAAGUUGAUGGAGGACACACAUCGACUGGUAUAAGCAGUCAGAGAUCAAACCCACCAAAACCAAUGCCCAGGUCUAUAAAGAGUGACCAGUCAACGCCAGAGCUUGACAAAGUUGAUGGAGGACACACAUCGACUGCUCUAAGCAGUCAGAGAUCAAACCCACCAGAUCCAAAGCCCAGGUCUAUAAAGAGUGACCAGUCAACGCCAGAGCCUGACAAAGUUGAUGGAGGACACACAUCGACUGGUCUAAGCAGUCAGAGAUCAAACCCACCAGAGUCCAGCUCUGUGUCUAUGAAGAGUGACCAGUCAACGCUAGAGCCUGACAAAGUUGAUGGAGGACACACAUCGACUGGUCUAAGCAGUCAGAGAUCAAACCCACCAGAGUCCAGCUCUGUGUCUAUGAAGAGUGACCAGUCAACGCUAGAGCCUGAAAAAGUUGAUGGAGGACACACAUCGACUGGAAUAGGCUGUCAGAGAUCAAACCCACCAGAUCCAAAGCCCAGGUCUAUAAAGAGUGACCAGUCAACGCUAGAGCCUGACAAAGUUGAUGGAGGACACACAUCGACUGGUCUAAGCAGUCAGAGAUCAAACCCACCAGAGUCCAGCUCUGUGUCUAUGAAGAGUGACCAGUCAACGCUAGAGCCUGACAAAGUUGAUGGAGGACACACAUCGACUGGUAUAAGCAGUCAGAGAUCAAACCCACCAGAGUCCAGCUCUGUGUCUAUGAAGAGUGACCAGUCAACGCUAGAGCCUGAAAAAGUUGAUGGAGGACACACAUCGACUGGAAUAAGCAGUCAGAGAUCAAACCCACCAGAGUCCAGCUUAGUGUCUUUGAAGAGUGACCAGUCAACGCUAGAGCCUGACAAAGUUGAUGGAGGACACACAUCGACUGGUAUAAGCAGUCAGAGAUCAAACCCACCAGAGUCCAGCUCUGUGUCUAUGAAGAGUGACCAGUCAAUGCCAGAGCCUAUCAAAUUUGAUGGAGGACACACACCGACUGGUCUAAGUGAAACAUCAACGAAUGACCAGUUUAUGAACAAGCAAGUGAAAAUUAAGAGAAGACACACACUGACUGGUCUAAGCAAAACAUCAAUUAACUACCAGUUUAUGGAAAAGCAACUGAAAACUGAGAGAAGACACACAUCGACUGGUCUAAGUCUCAAUUCUAAACUGUUUGAAAAUCUAUUAAAAUCAAACCUGCUGAAGAAGUUUCAGUGCGUGUCUGAAGGAACAUCAAUACUGGGAAACCCAACACUCCUGAAUGAGAUUUACACAGAGCUCUACAUCACAGAGAGUGACAGUGGAGAGAUCAAUAAUGAACAUGAGCUGAGACAGAUUGAGACACAAUCCAGAAGAUCAGCAAAAGAGGACACACCGAUCCAAUGCAGAGACAUCUUUACACCUUUACCUGGACAAGACAAAGCCAUCAGAACUGUGCUGACCAAGGGAGUCGCUGGCAUUGGGAAAACUGUCUCUGUGCAGAAGUUCAUUGUGGACUGGGCUGAAAAGAAUAAGAAUCAGGACAUCCAGCUCAUAUUUCCCCUUCCUUUCAGAGAGAUCAACCUGAUGAAGGACAGAACACUCAGUCUGUCAGAUCUGCUGCAAGUGUUUUUCCCUGAAACUAAAGAAAUGGAAAUAUCCAGUGAACAUUAUAAAGUGUUGUUCAUCUUUGAUGGUCUGGAUGAGUGUCGAGUGUCUCUGGACUUUGACAGUGGUGUGAAACUGCAUGAUGUCUCUGAAUCCGCCUCAGUGGACGUGCUGCUGAUGAACCUCAUAAUGGGGAAUCUGCUUCCCUCUGCUCUCAUCUGGAUCACCUCCAGACCGGCAGCAGCAGAUCUCAUUCCCUCUGGGUUUGUCCAUCGAGUGACAGAGGUACGAGGCUUCAAUGACCCUCAGAAGGAGGAAUACUUCAGGAAGAGAAUCAGAGAUCAGAGUCUGGCCGAUACAAUCAUCUCACACCUGAAGUCCUCCAGGAGCCUCCACAUCAUGUGCCACAUCCCAGUGUUCUGCUGGAUCUCAGCCACGGUUCUGGAGAAGAUCUUCAGUCAAGCAGAGAGAGGAGAGAUUCCCAAGACUCUCACUCAAAUGUACACACACUUCCUGAUCAUGCAGACCAACAUCAGACAUGAGAAGGACUAUGAGGAGGAAGAUAAAGACAUGAUCCUCAAACUGGGGAAACUGGCUUUUGAGCAGCUUCAGAAAGGCAACCUGAUCUUCUAUGAGGAAGACCUGAGAGAGUGUGGCCUUGAUCUGACAGAAGCAGCAGUUUACUCAGGAUUGUGCACUCAGAUCUUCAGAGAGGAGUUUGGCUUCAGUCAGAGUAAAGUUUUCUGCUUUGUUCAUCUGAGCAUCCAGGAACAUCUCGCAGCUCUAUAUGCUCAUCACUUUUUAACAAACAACUGCUUAAAUAAGCACUGGAAGACAUUUAAUCCAUUAUCUUUUCUGCAUCAGAGAGCUGUGAAUGAAGCUUUACAGAGUAAGAAUGGACAUCUGGAUCUUUUCCUGCGUUUUCUUCUGGGCCUUUCAUUGGAAUUUAAUCAGACUCUCUUACAAGAACUACUGACACAGACAGGAAGCUGCUCCUACAACACAGAGGAAACAGUUCAGUUCAUCAAGCAGAAGAUCAGGGAGAUUAACUCUCCAGAGAGAUCCAUCAAUCUGUUCCACUGCCUGAAUGAACUGGGUGAUCAAUCACUGAUGAAGGAGAUCCAGAAUUAUCUGAGAUCUGGAGAAAUAAAAGAAACCAAACUCUCCUCUUCUCAGUGGUCAGCUCUGGUUUAUGUGUUGCUGACAUCAGAGCAGGAGAUGGAGGAUUUCGAUCUAAAUCAGUUUAUUGGAACCCAAAACACAGCAGAUGAAGUUCUUCAGAAGCUGCAGCCUGUGGUGAAAGAAUCCAGAUCAGUUCAGUUGAGUGGUUGUAGCGUCACAGAUAAAGGUUGUGCUGCUCUGGCUUUAGUUCUGAGAUCAGACUCUUCACACCUGAGAGAACUGGAUCUGUCUGAAAAUAAUCUAAGAGAUUCAGGAGUGAAGCUGCUCUCUGAUGGACUGAAGGAUCCUCACUGUAAACUGGAGAAACUGAGGUUGAGUGAUUGUGGAGUCACAGAUGAAGGUUGUGCUGCUCUGGCUUCAGCUCUGAGAUCAAACUCUACACACCUGACUGAACUGGAUCUGUCUCUGAAUAAUCUAGAAGACUCAGGAGUGAAGCUGCUCUCUGAUGGACUAAAGGAUCCUCACUGUAAACUGGAGAUACUGAGGUUGAGUGAUUGUGGAGUCACAGUUGAAGGUUGUGCUGAUCUGGCUUCAGCUCUGAGAUCAAACUCUACACACCUGAGAGAACUGGAUCUGACUUUGAAUAAUCUAGAAGACUCUGGUGUGAAUCUGCUCUCUGCUGGACUGAAGGAUCCUCACUGUAAACUGGAGAAACUGAGGUUGAGUGAUUGUGGAUUCACAGAUGAAGGUUGUGCAGAUCUGGCUUCAGCUCUGAGAUCAAACUCUACACACCUGACUGAACUGGAUCUGUCACUAAAUAAUUUUGGAGACUCUGGAGUGAAGCUGCUCUCUGAUGGACUGAAGGAUCCUCACUGUAAAUUGGAGAAACUGAGGUUGAGUUAUUGUAGAGUCAGAGCUGAAGGUGGUGUUGCUCUGGCUUCAGCUCUGAGAUCAAACCCUGAACACCUGAGAGAACUGGAUCUGUCUGAAAAUAAACUAGGAAAUUCAGGAGUGAAGAUGCUGUCUGAACUGAAGAAUGAUUCACGUUAUAAACUGGACACACUUAAGUUUUAGGUUUUCUGGCUGUCUCUGGAUCAGCUAAUGGUGAAUAAAGAGUCACGUCAGUCACAUUCAACAGAACUGACAGACACAAACCCACAGUGGUCAUCACACACACAUGAUCCAGUGCUUAAAUCAAGAGUUUUCUUAUUCUUGUAUUCAUAGUAGACAUUAUAUACAAAAUUAAGUUUAAAUAAAGUACGUUUUACUGCA